AUGUCGACCAGGAUUUUCCUCACUUUCCUCCUGCCGUUAGUUCCAGUCAUCCUUUUUAAUCAGUCACGGCAACUGUGGCGAUUAGCUGGCCGAGUUGAAAUCGACAAAUCGCGAUUGGUGCGGUGGGAAAACAGUUCACAUCUCAACAACGGCGAUUGCCGAGUCAUCGACACUGCCAAUGCCUGUGAGGACGUGAAGAUACACUUUCCGUCAAAGACAGCAUUCCUCGCCUGUGGAGACCCAGUUGAGAGGACGCAUUGGUAUCCUCCUUCUGGCGUGCGAACUGUUUCGCUGCGCGCCGAGUCUUCCUUUCGUGAGCAACUGUUCAAGUAUGACCUGGUGACUGGUGACACUACUCAAUUGCAGCUGAAGGGCCUCGAAGGAGACUUUAUCACUCAUGGCAUCGAUAUCUUGACGUUGCCUGAGGACCCUUUACAAAUACGUAUCUACGCCGUAAACCAUGCUCGAAGUGGCGACUCCAUCGCCCUCUUUAGCCACCAGCUGGGCACCGAUGUGGUUGAUUUGGUCAAAAGCGUCAAACAUCCAAACAUCAAGACUGCGAAUGGAGUUGCAGCGAUGGGACCCUUAGAGUUCUUCGUGACCAACGACCACUAUUUUGCCGGCGGCCUCUUACGGGUAGCAGAGGAGGUCUACGGGCCGUGGAGCUGGGCAACAAAUGUGCAGCACUGUAACGCAGCCGCCGAGAAGGUCAUGUGCAGGCAGGUGUCGGGCACCUUCCCUGGCGCCAAUGGUAUCAACCUGUGGGAGGAUCGACUGUUCGUAGGGGACUCGAAAAACGGGACAGUCACGAUAUUCCAGAUCCACAUGGACCGGACAUUGACACCGCUGCAGGUAGUUGAUCUGGGCGCUGCAGCUGACAACAUCAACAUCUUGCCGACAACCGGAGACCCAAUCGUCACAGUCUUUCCCACACUCGAGGACUUGCCGACUUACCUCGAGAACGUCCGAUCGUUGGGUAAGGAUUUCUUGGUCCCAGCUGCAGCGCUCCGACUACGUAAGGACAGAAACUAUGCGCUGGAAUUGGUAUACUUCGACGAUGGCUCGAAGGUCAGUUUCAUGACUGCAGCGGCUGUGGACCCAUUUGAAAAUGUAUUCGUUGGCGCGAGCGUCCUGCAAUUCGCCGGCUUUGCGGUCUGUCAGGUGGCUGCGGCGGCGUUUCGGUAG